UGAGCAGCUUGUCUGAGCUCCACUUUCUGGUCCCCACCACAACUCACAUCAGUCUUUAACGGGCUUCAGUCGGGAUUCGGGUGUGAUUUUAUGAGGCGAGGUCGAGUACCAAGGCUAUAAUACCGCACCUCUCCACACACUGUCAUAUAGCAGCGUCCGUCUCCACCUCUGUUUUUACUUCUGAAGCCACCUAGCUAACUAGCGUUUGCGUUAGCACAGCAGCGUCAGGGAUGGCGGAGGUUCCCGGGACUUCGAGUGAGACGAUAACGGAGACCGUUCAGACGAGCACGCCGCCGCCGCCCCAACAGGAGGGACGAAGCCUGACAAUCAAGCUGAGGAAGAGAAAGACUGAGAAGAAAGUGGAGUGGUCCAGUGACACGGUUGACAACGAGCAUCUGGGAAGGAGGUCUUCAAAAUGUUGCUGUGUUUAUGAGAAGCCCCGACAGUUUGGAGAGUCUUCUUCCGAAAGCGAAGGAGAUGAUGAUGACGAAGGCUGCGGAAGUGCACACUGCAUCUUGGGCCAUGGAAGAGGAGGGCAUGGACAGAGGGGUGGCGGUGGGACAACAGUGCCCCCAAAUUCUGGAGGAUCAAACACCCACUAAUGAGCACUGCUAACUUAUUUUGGGGAAUUUUAGGGAUGUCUGACCAUGACAAUGUCACAUCACAAAACUACACUCUUUCUGUUUAGUUGCGUCACUGAGUUACCUGGACACAGGCCUAAUGCUGCGUUUCAGUCAGAGUUGGGAGUCAGAAAUCCCCAGUUGGUAGGUUAUAAUUACUUUUGUGCGUUCCAAGUUAAAAAGAAAAAAAAAACAAACAAACAAAAACAUAGAUGCUCCAGAGAAUGCAUUUGACCAGCCUAAAAUCCUGAUCCCCAUGCAGCAACUAAUAUAAUAAUCAACCUUGUUAGCUAGCUAGUUGGCAUAGACUAUCACAACUGGAAAUGCAGCUUUACAUUUCAGAUUCGUUUUUACCACUCAUUUUUACAGAUUUAAGGUUAUUAAAUGCUGGAAAUCAAACCUAGAUGUAUUUUGGAAAUUAGAAUUCUAUUAAAAGUAAUGCCAUACAGAGUUUACAAUGUGUGAUCCCAUGUUGGUGUGACAAGAGAUAAAUGCAUCUCAGAAAUCUGGACCAUUUCCCCCCAUUCAUCCUGUCUUGGAAUUCCACCUUGAAAGACUUCCAAUGUAUUUUUCCCAGGGGAAAGUCAGAAUUUCUUGGUUUCCAAUAUAGCUGGAACGCAGCAUAGUGAAAGAGCUGUAAUAAGAUUUGAAUAGAGGGGGAAAACAUGUCUCUGACUAAAUACGUCUACCUUUUGACAAAAUGGCAGAGUUUAUUGUAUAUAAUACAGCGAUUUAAAUUUUUUUUCUUAAGAUUACUUAUUUAUUUGCUUGUCUUAAUGCUUGAUUUAAUACUACUUGACAUGCAGUUGACCAUAGGCUGUGUAGUAACAUUGUAAUUACAAGGUGAGUGCUCAAAGCAUUGUACUUGAUUGGAGUGUUAUCGUGAAAGACAAAGUGAGUGUUCAUUUGCAUAAGAACAAAAUUCUCACUUUUUUCACUUUCAUGAUGUGUUAAGUGAACACUUCUUUAGACUAAAUGCCAGUUUCAAAGCUAAUGCCAACCUUUGUCAUUAUUGAUGUCACAACAUUGUACAUAAGGGUGUAAUUAUAUUAUUACUACACAUACAAGUUUGGCACUAUCAGUAUAAUCUGCUAUAACAAACCAAACAGCAUUCAGAGUCCUGGUAGUCAUGUUCCCACAGCUCAAAAACCAAACUUUAGGCAACACAACCUCAGUGUUGAAAUUGGUCCAAAGGAUGCCACCACUGUUCACACUUCCCUGCCCAAGACCCUUUUCAAAGUGAUCAUUUUAGUGUCCUUUCAUCUUAUUUCCUUGUGUGGCAGCAUUAGAUUUCAUAUCAGUAACGGUGUUUAUCUUUAACCUAGAAAUCCUUUGCAGAAUAAUCCAGUAUGGACAAUCUUACUUUAGAAAUUCAGAAAUGUUUCACCAGGAACAAAAUCAUAAUGCAGUACAGCAACAUUUUUUAGUCAGUGUUUUUUUUUUUUUUUUUUUUCUUCGAUGACAUUGAUUUGACGUUGCUCAGGAAAGCGGAAUGCUAUUGAGUAAAGUGAGAGUAGAGGAACAGUUGUCAGCAUCAGUGAUCCAGAAGGACCACAGAGCUGUGGACAAACAAUUGCUCAUUUUUGUUAGUGCACCCACUUCCUUCACUCCACGGAAUGAUGCUCCAAAACAAUACAGUUAACUUCAGCUGCAUGUCGGUUGUGCAAAUCUGCAAUUUGAGAUGAAAGACUUUCUAUUGUACUCAAAGCCUGUGGGUAUUAGUGCUUUUACUGCUGUGUUCUGCAGAGAAACCAAUGUUUUAUUGGGGUGAGGUGAGUAAAUAAAGAGGCAGCAUUCUCUUAUUUUGGGUACGUCCCCACUAUGCCGUAUAUAUGUUACUGGAUAUAAAACUAUAAGGCAUACAGUAUAGAUCAACUGAAGGUGCAUGAUUGCUGGCCCAGGCUUUGAAUUUGUGUGUCAACUAUGACCAAAUUUCACUUUGCAAAUUCUGCAUCAUCCCUAAUAGGUUCAGACAGCACUUACUCGUGUUUGAUAUGUGACAAUACUGUGGAUUACACAAAGUUCAUGCCACCAUUUUAUACAACAUCAGUAUACACAGAUUUACAUUGUUAGAUAUGUACAUUGUUCUUGUACUGGUAAUACACCAUUAUGUAUAUACUAUAAAGCAUAUGAGAGCUGAUUUAAUGUGAAUAAAGGUUUUGAAGUGUGA